AUGUCAGGUCCAUCGACAGGCCCAGGGAAGACAGCACCGAAACUCUGCGAUGACUUUCUCAACUUCGACCCAUUCCGAUCAGCACCAGGCCGUAACCUUCUCGCCGAUCACUCUCCGCCGGUCGGAGAAGGUCCUCUACUAUCUUGGUCAGAUGGCUGCAAACAUGAAUACUUCACCAAGCAUGUGCAAAGCGUUCUUCCACCACUAGAUCUUCGACCGGAUGGCACCACGCAGUACAAGCUUGCAGCAGUCUGCAAGAAAUGUAGAUUACAUGCCGUCAUAUUCAUGAACUUCGCUCGUGCGACCAACCCUUGUCCCAACGCAGAUCAUCCGUUACACCAUUUCCAACGCCAACCAUACGAGGACGAUAACAACGACUCGCAAAUCAAGUAUGCUUGGCAGUGCUCAGCUUCACAAUGCGAGGCCCAUCUCGCCGUCGUCUACACAAUCCCGAGAUUGUCGGAGCAGGAGAGGAUCUUGCUCACAGACACCGAGCAGCUCAAGAGACGAUAUGAGGCGACGGUCAAUCAAGAUCACAACAGAGAUGGAUUAAGACAGGCGACGCCGAUGGAGGCUUUGUCGCGGCUGCGAAAGUACAUCUCAGACUCUUUGAGUCCAACCCAUACAAAACGAGCCUUUCCAGCGAAUAACAAACGUUUCAUGGAGGCCUUCGGAGUGCGUGGCGAGGAUUGCAUGGAGCUGCUCACGAGAUUGGGCUUCAAGUACGCAGACGCGGAGUGGACCCUGCCAAAUCCUCCUGAGAUUGACGAUCGAUCACAGGCCGACGGCGGCAGUCAGCGCGAAUUGUUGGAGGACGUCGUUUGCGAACUUACGGCUCUGAUGUACAAGACUGCAGCGGAUACAGGUUCCAUGAAUCCAGCAGCAGCAGAGGGCUGGCCUUCGUCAAACCGCGAUCUAGAGCGAACGCUUGCUGCACAAGGCUAUCAACGCCACAGUUCUCUCCGUCGACCAAACACGGCAAACGAGGAGCUUCCAUACUUCGCAAGCUUGGGCGUGUUGCCUGACUUUUCCGACUCCUUGAUAGAAUUUGCAUUCGACCGACAGCUAGAUUGCGACCCAGAGCGCCAAGCUUACUACUACGAGUGUUUGCAGAUCAUCAGCGAAAGCAGACAUACCGAGCAACUACAAACGAAAGUUGUUCUGCUGCAAUCAGAAGGUCUCGUCAGCCGCAGAGACUUGGCUGCCGCGUAUCUCAGCCUGGGUUUGCAACGACCAACGGGAGAGCAAAUCGUGUCCGAGCAGCACAUCCUGUCGAGCUUCCAAGCAAGACAAGCAAACGUGAGCCCGGCGACGGCGGCGGAGUUGCGGCAAGCCCUUUACAAGAUCGGUCAACAUCGCGACAGCAAGAUGCUCAUGAACGCCUCGCAGCAGACUGUGGAGACGUACGAAGAUGCCAUCGCGUGGCUUGGUAACGAUGUGAAUGAAGGCACGCCCGACGACAUCAUUCUGGUGAUCGCCGCUACCAAAAUGGAUACUCCGUCAGAUAGCGAAACCACGAAGAAGGCGAUCUCCAUCAUUGCCCGCAAGCGAAAUAGCAACAGCAUGAACGACUGGCUACUGACUGGACGGAGCGACGGGACAAGCAUGAGUGUGGACGAAGCUCUACGCCACCUUGGGAUCGAACAGUCACUCGACAAGGUGGACAAGGACAUGCUUCAACUUCAGAUCGCAUCAGCUAGAGAUGAUAAGCCUGGCGAGCAGACCGAGAAGGCCAUCAAGACUAUCGAGCAAGCAUUGGGCAGUAGCUCCGGGUACACACAAACCACGACGAUGCAACACCACGCGCCCGCGACAUGGCCUGUUGGACUCAAGAGCCAUGGCAAUACUUGCUAUCUCAACAGUCUAUUACAGUACUACUUCUGCAUCAAGCCUUUCCGGAAAAUCAUUCUCGACUAUGGAAAGUACAAGCUUGACCUCAAGGAGAUACACGAGAAGAGGCACAGGGUAGGAGGUAGAAUGAUAUCUGCGCAAGAGAUCAAGGCUGGUCAGAGAUUUGCAAAGGAUCUGCAGAGUCUCUUCCAGCGCAUGAUCGCCGAGCCCAGCAUGGAGGUGAAGCCAGAGAAGGACAUGGUGAGCCGAGCUUUCCUGGAAGCAGAGCAGUACGACCAGCUACCUUCUAGCGCCAUGGACGAGGAGAUUGUGUGGGAGAAGCCGAGCAGCACAAAAGGCGCGGAGGGUACACUGUCACAGUCACAGAAUCAGCCACCCACCAACGGCGAUGACGGCACGAAUAAAAUGCGAAAAGAAUCAGAUGCGAGUAGUAUUACGCUGCAGGCCUCUGCCAAUGGUGACGAUGAUGCACCCAUGUCCAACAGUGGAGCGGCGCCACCUACACCUCCACUGUCCCCUGUCGACAAGGCCGCCGACGAAAUCGAGCUUGUGGCUGGCAAACCGCCCUUGCCUCCGCGCCGACGUUUCACAAAUGCGCAACUCGAGAAGGCAUCUGAUACUGCGCUAUCGAAGGCCGAGGCGAAGGCAGCAAUGCAGCAGGAUGUAUCCGAAGUGCACGAUAAUGCCACACAACGUUUGCGUGCUGGGCUACGAGUAGACGGUGCAGACGCGAACGACGAACAGCAGGAUGUUCUGCGCGCCCUGUAUACCAUUGCGAUCAAUAACACGACAUUCAACAGGGACGGCACGUCCGAUAAGCCAAUGCUGCGUCCCGAACCUGAUCUUGCGCUCAAUGUCCCAUUAGCUGAUACCGACAUAUACUCGGCCCUCGACGAGAUUCUUGAUCCCCAGCCUUCAAACACAAAGCCCGGUGCGAGCGUGUAUAGCUCCCUAAUGCAGCCACUCCCCCAGAUUCUGCAGAUCAAAAGCCCGCGUAUCAACUGGGAUGCUAAGACGCAAGCGGCCAAGAAGUACGAUGCCACCAUGCGACUGGUGGAUGAGCUCUACCUUGAUCGGUACUGCGAUGACAGCGACCCCAAUAUUCUGGCGACCCGCAAGAAGUGCUGGGGCUGGCGAAAGCAGCUCCGUGCGCUGGAGAAGGAGAAGAAGGAGCUCACUUCCGCUUCACCAGCACUGGAUCUCAACAGUGUCUCAGCUAUGGCAGAGGCUAGCAGGUUUCUCGAGAGCAUCGAAGACAUUGACAAGGACCUCGCUGACAUCGAUGCCGCACCUCUUGACAUCGCCACAAACCUCGCCGUCCACCUUAGCACAGCUGCAGCCGAGCAAGCUACACGCCUGAAGAAGAUCGACGCCGAGAUUGACGACCUCAAAGGUCUCCUUGCACCACAAUUUGAGGAUGCAAAGAAGAUAAAAUAUCGCCUUGCUGUCGUUUUCUUCCACCGCGGUAAUACGAGUGGAGGGCACUACUGGGUGUGCAUCCACGACUUCACCAACGACAUCUGGCGCACCUACAACGACGAAACGGUCUCAGAAGUGCCGAAGUCUGACCUCAAGCAGAUCUUCGAGGCGCAGGGCUUCACCCAGGGCACACCCACCUAUAUGGUUUAUGUCCGGGACGACGAGAAGGAGCAACUCGUGCAGCCGCUGUGUCGAGAGCCGGGGGAAGUCGUGCCUGGGCAGGCAUGGGCGGCGGAGGAGAUCAAGGUCGACGCUAUGGAGACGUCUGAUCCGAAGGCAUGGAAUCCGAAAGCCGCUGAAGCGCCAGCAGAUGGCACAGUGAAUAUGGCGAUGGUCCAGGAGGGUGGUGAGAAGUCAUGGGAUAAUUCGAGGCAAGUGGCUGAUGCCGAUUGGUAG